CGCAUGAAAUGCAGAAUCGGCUGCUAGAGAGCGAGGGAGUGCGGUGGUUUUCGACUUGUUUUCCUCCCGCUAUGGGACCGAAAUGGGGCUGAUAUAAGCGCUGUUUACCGCGAGUAUAGUAGUAUUAUGCCGAGAAUUCGGUCUAAAAACAGUUCCAUACGCGCAGUAUUACUUCGAGAGCUUGGCAUCACUAAAUCGGCGUACAGGUUAAGUCUGAAGAUACUGCGGCAGCUGAUAUGCGAUAAGAAUACAACAUUUACAAAAAUCUGGGAAACACAGUCGAAACACCCGAUUGCUGUCGAAGACGGGUACAUUUACCUUCACAACUACCGCACAUGUUUGACACUGUGUGGUAUCAAUUCGUUGCCCAGCCUUCUUUACAAAUUACCGCCCGAUGCCAAGAAUAAACGGAUCGAAGAUGCGCUGGUGUAUUCCGGGCCGUUGCAUCGGCUACCGCCAUCAGCGAGAGAUUGCAAAGCUCUCUUCUUGUCCCUCACGGGAGACAACUGGAUUUAUUGCCACGACAAGAUGACGGGGAAUGUCUGCCAGGAAAUCUACCUUGGAUCUCCUGGGCGGUACAAGUUCAAACACAUUGACUGGGAGACGCAUGGCGAAACCAUUAUUCUGCAAUCACUCCACAAUCAGUCGGCCACUAUCGGAGGAAAACCUCGAGUACUUAUUACUGUUGCAGUGUUCAGCAUGUUUCCCAUCCAGUUUAAAGGCAUGCUGGAGAUAGACCGAGCAGUAUUUGGCAAAGACUGUAACCACGCGAACGUAACAGAAGGACUCCUCAUUGUUGGAGCUGGAAGCACUCUGAAUGGCACUGUGCGGCUUUACAACUUUGCAGAUAUUAUAGAAACGGCAUGCUUAUUCUCGGCUCCACUCUACCAACCCUGUGACGCUCUUGACGGUGCCAAAGUCGGGACGUACCCAGCCGGACUACCGCUGAAUUGUCGGCUCAAAGAAUCUCCUCCCAUACUGUUCGAGGUGAAGUGUUCCGAGUUUAUGCUGCACUUUGGCUGCUACCCUUGGCACUACAUUUCUAGCCCGCCAUUCAAGGAGGGAGUUUUCCAGAUAAGAUCUGUCGAAUCGGAUGAACUGGCAGAAAAUGGCUUCCUGGAUUUUCCAAACUUAAGCACAGAGCCAGAUUCUAUAGCGUUCCACCCGGAUGACUCCGGAAGGAUUGUCUACAAUUCGUCACAUUUCAUCAAGAUAUUCCGUCUGGUGAUGAACAAGAUGAACAAACCAUCACUCAAAGAGUGCUUCGAGAUAACGUUUCGAGAGGUGCCCUUGAAUUCAUCCAGCGGCAGCAACCGGUCCCAGAACUUGUUGAAGCGCAAAAGACGGACACUCCUUCAUAUUACUCAGACUCAGGUUGUGUUGAAAAGCCUCCUUUCGGAUGACUAUGAGAACGAACUUGAACUCUACGGUGUACUUGGCUUCGACCCAGUUGAUGAAGAUUGUCUAGGAAAAGUUUGCAUCUACGACAAUGAGUCCGGUCAGAAGAUGAAAUCUCUCGACCUAGGGAUGACGCUCGACGAGCUCUGCGACUACACGCUGACGCUGGACCUGGACACGAUAGUCGUGCUAGUGAAGGACGAGCGACGCAAUUUCUCGUGUCAUAUGUACCGGAUCAGCUUCCCAGAGGCCCAGGAGAACAGCAGGGAAUCUCGUGACCCCUCACACACGCGUAGGAGGAACUUGAGGAGCGGCAGCAAGCAAGACGAGCUCUAUCAGCCGGCUCGACAGAGGGCGCUGCGGAAGAGAAGCACAGUGUAGUGCGGAGUGCUGUGUGAGUUGGUAGAAGCACACGACGAGGAGACUUAGUGCGACAACGGAGCAGACACGAGGAGAAGAAAUUUAGUGGCUUGUCCCGUGUGCUUCUUCUCUUUGUGGCUGUUUCGUCAUCGUGCGAAGUCUUCUCGUUUUGCGGAAGAGAAGUUGAACAUUUUGGCAAUAGAUGAUUGAUCGUAUUUAUGAUGUGUCCGGCAGGAAGUGUGGAUGGGUGUUUCGUGGGCAAGAGGGUUGUUAUGUGAUGAAGGCCGUGUGUUGUAAGUUUGAUCGAAAGGGAGAAAGUGUGGUUUGUUGGGCAAGUAUUCUUGAUUUUGCGUAAGUAAUUUGAAUCCGUUCAAUAAAUCGUGACAUGUCAUAUAUUAAACUACAAAGCUUCCACAAAAUUUUGACUAUGCGUUGCAUCUGCCAAUUAUAUAUCAAUAUGUGUUUCA